AUGUGCCCUGACCAGAUUUUUCGGAGAUUGCGGUUUCGUGCGGGUGGACCUGACGAGCUUGCUUCUUCUGGUGUCACUCCCAGGCCUUUCACCAUGAGCAGCAACACUGUAGCUACAGAUGAUGGGAAUCAGCAGUCUGAAAUGGAGGAAACAGACAGCAAGGAGGUUUCACGUGUCCUUUAUCUUUGCCAUAUUCCAAAUCAUGUUACUGAUGCAGAAAUCAUUUCGUUAGGCCUCCCUUUUGGCAGAGUAACCAAUGUCAUGUUGCUAAAAGGGAGGCAUCAGGCAUUUCUGGAAAUGGCUUCUGGAGAAGCUGCUGUUAAUAUGAUGCAAUACUACACUUCUGUUAUGCCUGUCCUUGGCGGUCAGCCUGUUCAUAUUCAGCUUUCUAAUCACAAAGAACUCCAGACUAGCUAUCUAUUUAAAGCCAGAUAUGGCUCGAGAGCUGCGAGGUCUAGAAACUGGGCUGCUGCAGGCGCUGGUGCUGCUGGAGGUGGGCGCAAUCCAACUCGAACUCCUGUCAUUCGAAUCAUUGUGGAAAACGCUUUCUACCCAAUUACUUUGGAAAUGCUGUACCAGUUUUUUUCUAAGUAUGGAUACAUCUUGAGGAUACUCAUCUUCACGAGGCACAAUAGAUUCCAGGUUUUGCUUGAGUAUUCUAGUCCAGUCAGUGCAUCUUAUGCCAAAAGGUUUCUGAAUGGCCAAAAUCUCUUCAAUACAUGCUCCGUGCUGCAUAUUGAAUUCUCCAGGUUACCUAAGCUUACGAUAAAGUACAACAAUGAGAAAAGCAGAGAUUUCACCCGCCUUGACCUUCCUCCUGGUAAUAUCCAGGAAUACUUGGAGUCACCACUGCUACCCUCUGGCUUUGUCCCUCCGAAUGCCAUCCUUCCACCACACAUGGGGGCUGCUGGGUUUUUCCAACGUAUGGGCUUUACUCAGGGUCCUGGUCUUCCAUUUCCGGUGGUUCCUGGAGUAAUCCAUUCUGUCCCGGUCACCCCAGCAGCAGUACCUGGGCUGAGGGCUGUUCAGAAUGUUCCUGGUAUUUUAGAAGGUUCUGUUCUACAAGUGAGAAACUUCAACUUUGAAGUCCUCAGAGUACAUGGACUUUUCAUCCUAUUUGGUGUGUAUGGUAAUGUGCUUUGUGUGAAGGUCAUGAAGAAGAGGGAAACUGCUUUGAUUCAGAUGAUGGAUGAAGCCCAGGCUCACCUAGCUAUCAUCCACUUAAAUGGGCAGCAGAUUUAUGGACGGGUCCUCCAGGUUCGUCUUUCAGAAUGUCAGACAAUUCAUUACCCUCAAUGGGGACAAGAGGACCAAGAGGAGUUUGUGGACUAUUACAAUAGCCCUUUACAUCGCUUUAAGAGGCCUGGCUCUAAGAACUCCCAGAAUCUCUCUGCUCCAUCUGACACCCUGCAUCUCUGCGGCAUUCCGUAUUGCGCUACUGAAGGUGAGCUGAAGAAACUUUUUUCAACAAGAGGAUAUACUGUGAAAGCCUUCAGAUUCUUAAAGAGAGAUUGCAAAAUGGCUCUUAUCCGGCUGGGCUCUAUGGAAGAAGCAAUUCAAAGUCUCAUUGAGCUUCACGGUCAUGACUUCGGAGAUGAUUGUCAUCUACGGAUUUCCUUCUCGAAAAUGAAAAUCUAA